CCCCACUAAAAUCAAACCUCCAUCAUUUACCUUUUUUUUAUUCGACAAUUACAUCAACAUACUUUAAUUUUUGAAUUAAAAUUCAAACACUCCAAUAUCCAUCCAUCUAUCCUUCCUUCAUUGCAGGAAAACAAGACACAAGGACGACAUACAAGAAGAAAGAGAAAUAUCCCCCAAAUAAUAAAGCCUGCCAUUUUCAUUUCUCAUUUUCAUCUUUCAGGAACAAACACAGAAAAAGUAGAAGAUUAAGAGAGAGAAAAUUAAAGAAACAUUUAGGGUUUUCCAAGCACCGAUCUGAAACCUUUGCUUCCAUUUCCUUCUAUUUUUUCUCUCUCUCUUUCUUCCUACAUUUCUCCAUUUGUUCCUCAUUUUUUACCAGGUAAUUAACCUCUUGGUUACUCUCCCAUAGCGUGGGACCUUACAACAAGAACACCUUCCCCACUAAUGCCUUCACUAGGAUUUGAUCUUUGGCUUUCCAAGAGGAAACUAGGCAUGAUCACCUCUUCUUUUUCAAAAGGGACCUGCCAUGAUUUUCAUGUGAUUAUUACGGUAGUCACUGCUUAAAGAACAAGGAUUAUAUAACUUCUCUGAUGGAUUUGCAAACACAAAAACACUUGGGGGAGAAUGGGAUGUCAAUUAUUGAUGCCAGAGCAUGCAAUGGAACUAAAGAAACUGAAAGUCUCUAUAGUGUGAUUAAGGAAGAUACUAUAGAGUGGUUGAAUGGGCAACUCCCUGAUUUGAAUGUCCCAGCAGAUUCUUCCCUUGAGGACUUAAGAGUUUACUUGCAAGAUGGAACUGCUUUAUGUCAAUUAUUGAAUAGAUUUAGACCUGGAGCAGUUGAAAUGGUUGGCUGUUCAGAGCCUUAUCAAGCAAAUAUAGAAAGGUUUUUGUCAACUUUGGAUAAAAUGGGCUUGCCUGGGUUUCAAAAUUCCGAUUUAGAACAGGGAUCUAUGAUCAAGGUAUUAGAGUGCCUUCAGGGGCUUAAGAGUAAUUUCAGCUGCAACGACGACGGGGAAACAACACGCAACCAUGUGAGAAGAAAAUGGUAUGUGCCAGAUAUGGAAGGUUUGGAUGGUUCUGAUAAUCUCCGGGUAGAUUCUUACAAUUCUGCAAGGGUUGGACCAGAAAAACGCAGAAAUUCAUGGGAUUCAAAAUUUCAAACUGUCCUCCGGAGUACUAAUUUAUCAGGUAAUCUUGGUCCUGAUGUCAAGGUCUCUGAAUUGGUAAAGUGGAACAACUUAGAUAAAGCUUCUAUGCAAUUGCUGUUUAGCAUGGUGAACAGGGUCUUGGAUGAAAGUUUAGAAAGGAAGGGCGGAGAUGUCCCUCAUCGCGUAGCAUGCCUUUUAAAAAAACUUGUUAGAGAGAUUGAGCGUCGGGCAUCUAUUCAAGCAGAUAAAAUAAAAACUCAAAACAAUCUUUGCAAAGUUCGUGAAGGCAAGUAUCAAUCAAAAGUGAGAGCCCUCGAAACACUAGCUGUUGGAGCUGCUGAAGAAAAUGAGGUUGCUGUAAAGCAUCUUCAGCAGAUAAAGAUGGAGAAUACAAAAUUAGAAGAGAGGAAAAAACAUGGUGAUCAAGAUGUGGUUAGAUUGAUGAAAGACAGGGAUGAGCGUGACGUGGAGAUUAGAGCACUCAAACAAGAGCUAGAGGUGGUUAAAAUGUCGUAUGAGAAAAACUGCUCACAACUGGAAGCUGAAGUAAAGGAAACUAGAGCGAAGUUGCAGGAAAAGAUUGUGGACCUUGAGUCUCAUCUACAAGUUUCGAAGAAAAAAGUGAAUGAACUGGAGGAAACAUUUGAACAUGAAAUUCAAAAAUUUAAGAAUAGAGAGCUACGUUACACUUGCUUUGUAGAUUCCCAAUUUAGUGUUCUUAAGGGGUUAAGAAAGGAUCUUGAUUCUGUAAAGAGAGAGCAUAUGAAGGCACAAAACUGCUAUCCUCUUGAAUUUCAAUUUCUAGGCACAAAACUCAAGGAACUUGUUGACGCCGCAGAGAAUUACCACAUGGUUCUUGCAGAGAAUAGAAAAUUAUAUAAUGAGGUUCAAGAUUUGAAAGGAAAUAUUAGAGUAUAUUGCCGAAUAAGGCCCUUUCUUCCUGGGCAGAACGAGAAGCAGACAACCAUAGAAUACAUUGGUGAGAAUGGAGAACUUGUCGUUGUCAAUCCCGUAAAACCAGGAAAAGACAGCCGCCGAUUAUUCAAGUUCAACAAGGUCUUUGCUCCAACAGCGAGUCAAGAGGAGGUAUUUAUAGACACUCAACCGUUAAUUCGAUCUGUGCUUGAUGGGUAUAAUGUAUGCAUCUUUGCCUAUGGCCAAACUGGUUCAGGCAAGACAUAUACUAUGACUGGACCUGAUAUGACGUCAAAGAAGGACUGGGGAGUGAACUAUAGAGCUUUGCAUGAUCUUUUCCAGAUUUCACAGAAUCGGAGAAGCUCCAUUAUGUACGAAGUUGGUGUUCAGAUGGUUGAGAUCUACAAUGAACAAGUGCGAGAUUUGCUUACAUGUGACGGUUCACAAAAAAGACUUGGGAUUUGGAGCACUACUCAACCUAAUGGAUUGGCAGUCCCAGAUGCGAGUAUGCACCCUGUUAAGUCGACAAAUGACGUGCUUGAGUUGAUGAACAUUGGAUUCAUGAACAGAGCUGUAGGUGCCACGGCGCUGAAUGAGAGGAGUAGUAGAUCUCACAGUAUCCUUACUGUCCAUGUCCGCGGAACGGAGUUGAAGAAUAAUUCUGUUAUGCGUGGUUGUCUUCACCUGGUAGAUCUAGCAGGAAGUGAAAGAGUUGAUCGCUCUGAAGCAACUGGAGAUAGAUUGAAGGAGGCCCAACAUAUCAACAGAUCGCUGUCCGCUCUUGGAGAUGUAAUAUUUGCUUUAGCUCAGAAGAAUUCCCAUGUUCCUUAUAGAAAUAGUAAACUUACUCAAGUUCUCCAAAGUUCACUAGGUGGGCAAGCAAAAACUUUAAUGUUUGUGCAGCUUAACCCUGAUGUGGAAUCUUACUCUGAAACUACCAGCACUCUAAAAUUUGCGGAAAGGGUCUCUGGAGUAGAAUUGGGGGCAGCACGUAGUAACAAAGAGGGAAAAGAUGUUAGGGAACUAAUGGAGCAGGUAACAGCUCUGAAAGCUACCAUUGCGAGGAAAGAUGAAGAUAUUGAGCGUUUGCGUCUUCGCAAGGCUAAUUCCAACAAUGCGAAACGUGAUGCGAGCUCUCAAAGGCUUGGGGGAUCGCCUGGGAGACAUUCCUUUAGCACAACUCGAUCGUCACACAGAGUGUCUGGGCAGGCUAAUAAACCAGCUUCUGAUCAAGAUUAUUGCUCAGAACAAAGUGAUAGACAUUCUGAAGCCGGUUCACAGCAUUCAGUUGAAGAACUGAAGCAUCAGCAUGAAAUACUGAGGUAUCCGGAACCACCAGUAUCGAAUGCGGCUCAUAAUUUUAAUGAUGAUAUAGAUCUCUUGGGAUUUGGAGAUGCGGAUUCUGAAGAGAGAUUAAGUGAUAUUUCUGAUAGUGGCCUUUCAAUGGGGACUGAAACCGAUGGUUCCAUUUGCAGCAUCGUGGAGUACACACUUUUUCCGGAAGUUCCAAAACCAGCAGAAAACGUGGAAAAGUCAGCUGUACCAAAUAAACUUCUAAAACCUCCACAAAAACAACAGAUUGGGUCUUCUCGGUCAGCAGUCAGCAAGACUUCCUCUAAAGUUGUAACAAGCAGUAAAAAACCAGUAUCUAGUAACUCGUCAUUGUUGAAGCCCAAAGUUCGGCCUCCCAAACGUUGGACCUGAAAAUUGUUACAUAGUGGUAUUGUUUGAUUUCGCUUGUAUGCUUAACUUUCAGGAAGUGUAUAUAAAGACUAAAAAAUGUAGUAUGCAAAUGUUACUUAAGUUAGCUACUAACGCUUCUGAGUAUAGUACCUGAAAAUUCAUGAUCAAACAAGUACAAUUAUGUUGGGGAAGUAUCAUAGUGUUGUGACAAAAUGACAAAUUUGUAGUUAUGGACUAUGAUGGAGUAUUUGCUACAUAAUUUUAAGCAUUUGAAGCAUUUAGACUUUUGAA